AUGGAGAAAGACAUCCAGAAGAUCCUCGCUACCUGUGACUUGUGUCAAAUGCACGGAGGUACCACGAUCACAUCAAAACAGAUACAACAGACACCGAUCAUUACUACUCAUACUCGGGGUAGAAUACAAAUUGAUGUAACCUAUAUUGAGGUCGAUGCAGAAAAUUAUCAGUACAUUGUAACAUUCCUAAAUUGUUACACAAAGUAUGGUUGGGCAGUGGCAACAAAGAAUCGAGACGCAGAUUCAAUCAUGGAAGCCUACUUGUCAAUUCCAGAUUUUAAACACGAUAUCAAGGGAUGUAUCAACAGAACCAGUUCCAACAACAAUUGUCCUGCCGCUCCCGAUGGAGAUCACGAGGAGUCCGGUGAGGAUACCCAUCAACCUCAUUCAGUUUCAGGUGGAGAUCAAGAAGAAUCCGAUCCCUCAUCAGAGGAAGACGAUGUUGAGGCUACCCCUGAUUUCCCAAUAGAUGGCAUACUCUUUGCGAUGACAGAACAACUCCAACACCAAGAGGCCAAGCAGACCAUCCGCUUCCGCUGG